AUGAAAGCAGUAUUAAAAAUCCGCUGUACCCUUAGUGAAAUGGUGAACGAUGCUAUCAUGAAAAGGUCUUGUUUACAGAAGGAAAGACAGUUCCAAAGCGAUAACAAUAUAAGAAGAAUGAUGGUAGCGUCAACAUUUGGGCAGGGCUUACUAGUAGGAUAUACGAUAAGUCAACGUUAUCUCAGCUCACAACCACUUGCUUUCAUCACCCCCAUGUCCGUCUCCUUUGGAUAUGCGAAUAUUGUACAACGUGCCAAGGGUGAUCGCCGUAUGAUUCUCGGAGCAUCACUUGGUGCCGCUGUUAGCGCCAAUUUGGUGCUUGGAUUCCUGACCGGUCAACUGAGCUCGUCCUAUGAGUUCCUUGCGCUGGGCUACGUCGCACUCUCAGGGGUCGUCAUGCAGUUACUCUUCCACAAUGCCCACUGGACCCGAGGGCACGCCUUCCAAAACGUGCACAACGCAUUCUUCGUCCUCUUCAAAGGAAUGACAUUCUACUGCUUCGGAACUUACAUCGAAUAG